AACACUAUUGGAUCAACCAAACAAACAAACACAAGCCUUUCUUACAAAAAAUGGAGUACUCUAAUGGAUUUCCUAGAAAAAGAGAUGUUUCUCUUCAGGAACUUAGCAAAAGGCUUGCUGAGUUUGCUCAAGUAAGAGGAUGGGAACAAUAUCACAGUCCCAGAAACCUUCUUUUAGCUCUUGUUGGAGAGGUGGGAGAGCUGUCUGAGAUAUUCCAGUGGAAAGGAGAGGUUGCAAAGGGGUUACCCAAUUGGAGUAGUGAUGAUAAGGAGCACUUAGAGGAAGAGCUUUCUGAUGUUUUGCUUUAUCUAGUGCGUCUUGCAGAUGUUUGUGGGCUAGAUCUUGGACAAGCAGCUCUGACAAAAAUAGUCAAGAAUGCUAAGAAAUACCCAGUUACUACCACUGACCAUACCACCACUUCCAAUCGCAACUAGCUUCCUAUGUACUACCACUAGUAUGCUAUAUAAUGCUACCUACCCCUCAGAGAAAAAUAAUUGCAUCAUCGAAUAUCCAUGUAACUUUCUCUUCAUUUUAGCUUUCAAAACUGAGUCCAUUCCCAAGAAGAGUAAAUUAAACCUUUAGUUAAAGAAGCUAUAACUAUUUCAUAAUUUGUGUUACACAUAUAGAUUUGUAACAGCAGUAGUUUAAUUAUGUAGUCAUGAGUUGUUUAUCAAAAGGACUGCACUGCUAUUUCAUUGUUAUUUCAUUGUCAUGCAUACAUGGAACUUCACAUGUGAUCUCGUGUCCUAAAUGUUAGGGAAAUGAGAAAUUUUCCCAUGUGGGCACGUGCCUGCCCAACCAUUCUUCAUCUCAUGGGUUGUUUUCCAUAUCAUUGCUAUACAUAUAUAUCAUCAUUCACAAAUAUGUUGUAUAUAUGUAAAGCUGAAAUCAUAAGAACUGUGACAAGAGAGAGAGAGAGAGGUACACAAGCAUACAAGAUCCUCAAAAUUGUGUUUAUAGGAGGUGGAUUGAAGCUGAUGAUAAUUGCAGCACUUGAAAGAGACCAUUGAAAUGAGAGGAAUCUUUGACUUCCUUCUUAAACAGGCUGCGAAUGUUUGAUUCACUCUUUAAGGCAUGUUUAGCUCAUGCUUAACCUAAAAUUAAGAUAUAAAUAAAUUAAUUUAUACAUGAAUUAACUCCUUUUUUUUUCCUUUUCUAGAGAUCUUUAAUUAUAAAGAAAUUGGUUCAAAACAGACACAGUGUAAAGUUCCAAAUUAUAUUGGGUGCCUUUGUUGCUAGCAGCUAUUUUAAACCAGUUGCGUUACAGUAGCUUCUGCAACUGAAAUGAUGUUGUUGCAUGUGUGGUUGGAAUCAGUCAGAUACUGCUUGCAUUUUAGAAACA